AGCGCAAAUGGGCCCAAUUAACUAGCCCAAGCACUUUAGUGGCGAGAAACUCUUAGUCAAACUUUUGGGAAAGCUUCGUUCGCUCCCUUCACCAAUCGUUUAGUCUUUCACGCCUUUUAAUUGCAUUCAUCAAUUCCCAACUAUCCCUUCCCCUUUGACUAUUAAAUGGGAAAGGGCAAUUAGCGGCCCGUCCAUCACUUUCUGACUUCUUCACCAUGGCAAGCAAGUCUGAGGGCAAAGUCAUCAUCGACUUAACCCUCUCUGGGACGUCUUCUUCUUCGGAUGGUGACCUCCCCAUCUCCCCAGCCCAGUCGAACGACAUGGCCAGGUUGAGUCCCGGCGAGUUCUCGAGGCUUUAUCCGGCGACCCGCCUUCCUGCACCAUCUCCUCCCAGUCCACCUAGGCUUCCCUCCGGGGAGAUAGACUGGGACUCCAUGACUCUUCAGGACUUCGCCUUGUACCAGAGGAUGUGCAGGACUAAGCUUGGACGUUCUUUGCUAACUGUUGAAGCGGAACCUUCAUGUGAGAGCUGGACUGCUUCUCCAAACCUGCUGAAGCCCCGCAAUAGCGGUUCUUCUUUGAAGGAAGCAGCCCCUCGUCCUGGGACAUGGGAAGAUUAUGACAUAUGGGAAACCACUGAUUCAUCAACGUGUCCCUUGUCGAGGAGAAAGAGCCCAUGGAAGGGUCCCCCACCUCCAUCUUGUUGACUGCAUGGAUGCAAUAGGUCCUCCUUCAGUUCCUAGCCUCCUGCAAACCAAAUUUCUUUUCCUUGUUUUGUACCAAGGGGCAUUCACUCGCUCGGUCCAGAGGUUUUCCCCGAACUAAUGAAUGUUCCUUAAUUUU